AUGUUCGACAAAAUGGCGUCCGAUCGGCAGACUAUAGUCGAGCGCGUCGGAGAGGUGUUUCGGCGGCCACAGGUUUCCGGGCGCCUCGUGUUGAUCCCAGCCGCCAAGAAAACCAGCUCGACUGGCUAUAAGAACGUGUUCUACAACCGCAGCAAAAAGAAGUUCGAGGCGAAGGUGCGGGAUGGCGGCAAGCGUGUCCGCCUCGGCUACUUCGAAACCGCCGAAGAGGCGGCCACUGCCUACGCUCGCUCAGAGUACGGCCGCGCCGACGCCGCCAAGCUGCUGCAGCCUCGCCCGGCUCCCACUGCCGCUGGCGCCGAGGCGAUACGGCAGGCGGCGAGGGAGGGCCUCACCCUGUCCACGAGCAGCAAUAGCACCGGCUACAAGGGCGUUAGUUACUGCCCGAAGGAGCGAGGCAGCAAGAAGUACAAGCUGGAGGCAAAGCGGGAGGGCCUCACGCUGGCUACGAGCAGCAGCAGCAGCAGCGGCUACAGGAACGUGAUCUUCAAGCCGAAGGAGCGAGGCAAGAAGUACGAGCUGAGGGUGGGGUUUGGAGGCAAGCAGAACUUUCUCGGCCUCUUCGCCACCGCCGAGGAGGCGGCGCUGGCGCGUGCGCGGCACCUCCGGGACACCACCGCCCGCCUGCUCGAGCCGCCGCCGCAGCAAGCACCGCCGCAAGGCGCAGCAGGGCCUUCCGAGGCCAGCAGCUACGAGGAGGAGGACGCGCCGUUCGAGGUGGGAGGCCGCUGCGCCAUCCGGUACUCCGGCGGCGCCUUGUACCCGGGCGAGGUCGUGGGCUUUGACGGCACGUCGAGCCUAUACUCGGUGCAGUGCGACGACGGCGAGCUGCUGGAGGACAGGGCGGCGAGGCUGCAGGCGCGCGCAGCGGAGCAGGCGGCGAGGGGGUGA